AAUCAGAUAAUAACAUGACUAAAAAUAUUGGAUGAUUACCUCUUGUGAUGGCGAUACUACACGGAAAAGAAAUUUCAGUUCAUAUAACUGAAUGAGUAUCAGACGUAAAGCUCACCGAGGAGAAAGAUUAUAUUUUUGUCACUAUGAUCGAAAACAUUCGUCUGAACGUUGCAUUAAAACUCGAUUCAAAUAACUGAGAACGGUUGGCUGAGUAGAAAUAUAGAAAUCUUUUUAUCCUUAUAACCAGAUUUUCGUCUGAUAUUCCCAGGACUCAAGCAAUUAAUAAACAAACAAUCGUAUGAUGCAACAUUCGCAUUUCUUCCUUAAUACUUGGAAAAGCAAAAUCGUAAAAAUGAAUGUGCUCGCAAAAAAGCAGGUUGUGAAACAAGUUCUAUCGGGGAACAAUGCCGAGUACUAAGACGAGGAUCGCUAUUGUGGGAGCUGGAGUGGCUGGUUUGGUAGUGGCUCGUCAUGUAACUUCUAAAUUGGAUGUUUAUAGCCUCACUGUAUUUGAACAAACAGAUCAAAUCGGCGGUACUUGGGUCUAUACCGAUGAGACGCAUCUCGAUAAGCAUGGACUUCUCGUGCACAGCAGCAUGUACAAGAAUCUAAGGACAAACAUACCGAAAGAGGUGAUGCAAAUACCUGAUUUCCCUUUUAAGGAUCAAAACAGCCCGUCUUUCAUUCAUCAUAGCGUAAUAAGGCAAUACCUCUUGGAGUAUGCAGAUCACUUCAAUCUUCAUCCGUAUAUUAAAUUGAACACUUUAGUGAAGCACGUGGAGCCGGAAGUUCUGACAAACGGUCAGACAUUGUGGACGCUGACAUACGUAGAUCUGAAGACCAAAAUAGAGACUACGAGAACUUACGAUGCUAUGGUGCUGUGCAACGGUCAUUAUACCGUCGGACAUAUCCCACGUAUUCCAGGUAUCGAGAGUUUCAACGGUGAUUGCAUUCACAGCCACCAAUACAGGCUACCGGAAAUCUAUGCCGGCAAGAAAGUUUGCAUACUCGGCGCGUCCUGGUCCGGCAUCGAUAUCGCCCUUGAAGUAGCGCAACACGCCGAUAAGGUGUACCUAAGUCAUAAUUUGCCCGAACCGAUCGAUUUCAAAACGUUCGUCAACAUCGAGCAGAAAACCGGGGUCGCGUCCAUCCAAAGAGACCUCUUUACCUUCCUUGACGGUUCCUCGACAGAAGUAAACAGCUUCAUAUAUUGUACAGGUUACGAGUUCACGUAUUCUUUCAUGUCGGCUAAUGUCAAAAUACAUACGGACGAUAAUCACGUCGAGCCUAUCUACAAAUAUCUGGUGCAUAUGGACUAUACAAAUCUGUUCUUCAUGGGUCUACCAGGGCUCGUGAUACCGUUCCCUAUGUUUCAUAUACAAGCGCAAUAUGUUUUGGGUAUUCUCGAGGGCCGCAUCGUGUUACCAUCGCCACAACAGAUGCGCGAGGAGUACGAGAACGAAAAGAAAUACUUACUAGACCAGGACAUCCCGAUAAGAUACAUCAAUAAACUGAAAGACAGGCAAUGGGCUUACUACGACGAGAUCGCAGCCGCUGCGAACGUACCGAAUUUUCCGCCAGUAAUCAAGAAGAUUAACGAUCACGUCAACGAGAUGCGCGACACAAACAUCACCGGAUACAAGAAUUACAAGUAUCACAUUAUCGACAACGACACGUUCAGCGUAUCUUGUUAUAAACCUCGUUAAACGCGAAAAAAGAAAACUAAAAGUGCAAUCAAUGUUAC